AUGGACGAUACUUUUAAGUUGACGGCUUACUGCCUCAGACUGGCAAGUGUGAUCGUCGUAGACGAGUGGGAUCGAGGCAUCCCAGCAGCGUACCUGCUGUCCAAUCGGAUGAGCGAAGACGAGGUGGCUUUGAUGUUUAAGGAGGUGAAAGCGCUUCUGCCGGAAUUUGACACUCAUUUUUUCAUGAGUGAUGAUUGCAAUUCGUUUUACAAUGGUUUUAUCAGAAUUUUCCCAUAUACGAAAGCUCAAAAGUUGCUGUGUUCAUUUCACAUCAUUCAAGCUAUUAAAAGAAAUAGUCGGGUAAAGUUGAAACAGAAGAACCUAGCAGAAUCAGUUGUGGUUGCCGUAAGAAGGCUUUGCAAGACCUCGAAUCCCAACGAUUUUGAAUCUAAGUACCAAGAUCUUCUCUCUUUUCUCGAAUGGACAGGGAGAAAAAGAUAUGAUCGAGUAUUUGGAAGAAAACGUGGUACUUUAAGUGAUCGACAGUUCGCAAGAGUACUCUGCCCUCAGUUUUCUUUCAGGGGCUCCCGCAUACAGCAGUGGGGAGGCUUUGCCAGAAAAAAUGCGUGCGUUGGCACAAGCAUGCCUACAGAAAGAUUCCAGAAGAGGCCUGAACACAAAUUCCUGAGGCGAAAAGAAAUACAAGGAUAG